AUGGGAAGUAUAUAUAUAUAAUAAUUAACCUAUAUAGAUUUUUGUUAAGGAGAUAAACUAAAUGAUUUGAAUUUUUAAGACAAUACACAUGUUUAUGAAGCUACCAUCAAUUUAUCCACAAUAACUAUUAUUCAUGGAAAUAUUCUUUUGAAUAACCUUAGAGGAAUAUGUAAAUAACUCUAUAAUAUCAUAGUGAAUGCAUAAAUUGAUCCCAAUACCUUUACAUUAAUGUAAUUACCAGAAAUGCAACGUGAAUUUUGUAAUCUAUCUUAAAUACUUAGUAAAACCUAAAAUACCAAUUAUCUAAAGAUUACCACCAUAAUCAUGUUAAUUUGAAUUCAUAAUUAAUCUUAAAAUAAACUAUUAAGACAAUAGAAAGGAAAUUAUUGAAGCUUAUUAAUAAGGGUAUAUAAUUCUAUAUAAAUUAGCUUUGAAUUAAUGUUUCAAUAUGAAUUAGAAAAUGUUGGAUAUAGAGAAGGCAAAGAUAAAUUUAAAGAUAAAUCUGAAUAAUUACACAAUUCAGAAUGUUUAUUAGAAGCAAUCUUUAAUCAAAUUAAAUAAAAUAAAAUGAUUAAAACUUUUCAAAUAUUCAGUGUUGAUAUGUAGAUCUGCUAAUAAUACAAAAAUGAAUUAAAAAAACAAUAACAUAAAUAUUAAUCAAAAAAGAAUUUUGAAAGAUGUUCAACAUAAGAAUAAUUAAAUGAAUCAUAUACUGAAAGAAUUUGUAUAUCUAAUUCUUGUGAUUAAGCAGAUAUAAUUAAUAAAAAUUAAAUCAAAUAAUAAUUAAAAAGAUCUUUUCCUAAUACUUAAUAAAAAGAUAUUUGA